CCUCCAUACCGAGAGAGAGAUGGGGAACGAGAAGGAGACGACGUCGUUGGAAGAUCUGAUAGAGAAGGCUGGGGGCUGUGCGGUAUUAGAUGGAGGAUUCGCUAUGCAGGUUGAGAGACACGGCGCCGUCAUCAAUGACCCUCUUUGGAGCGCUCUCUGUCUCAUCAAAGACCCUAAUCUCAUCAAGCGGGUCCACUUGGAAUACUUGGAGGCUGGUGCUGAUAUUUUGGUCACUUCCUCUUAUCAGGGAAGGGCAACAAUGCAUCGACAAGACAGAAUGACCUGACACACUAUAGCCACCCUCGAGAACAGAGUGGGUACGAAACACG